AUGGUGCACUCCAAAGUAGUCACCCCAGAGAAAGAACAAGAAGACAGUCUAGAUGCUAAUGACGCAGUCAUCGGCUCCGGCCCCGCCGCACACACGGCAGCGAUUUAUCUCUCUCGCGCUGAAUUAAAACCCGUCUUGUACGAGGGUAUGCUCGCCAACGGCACUGCUGCCGGUGGCCAGCUGACCACCACCACCGAUGUCGAGAACUUCCCCGGGUUUCCCGCUGGAAUCAACGGAUCCGAGCUCAUGGAUGGAAUGCGCAAGCAAUCCGAGCGUUUCGGUACUGAGAUCAUCACGGAAACCAUCUCGCGCGUCGACCUUUCCAAGCGUCCAUUUAGAUUAUGGAAAGAAUGGUCAGAUGGUCCCGACGAGGAACCAGCUCAUACCGCUGACGCUGUCAUAAUUGCCACGGGUGCCAAUGCUCGUCGAUUAGAUCUUCCCGGUGAGGAGAAAUAUUGGCAAAAUGGUAUCUCCGCGUGCGCUGUUUGCGACGGUGCGGUCCCGAUCUUCAGAAACAAGCCGUUGUAUGUCAUUGGUGGCGGUGACUCGGCGGCAGAGGAGGCUAUGUUUUUGACAAAAUACGGAAGCCAUGUCGUUGUGCUCGUGCGCAAGGAUAAGCUGCGUGCCAGCAAGGCUAUGGCGAAUCGUCUCCUGGCCAAUUCAAAGGUCACCGUGCGUUUCAACACUGUUGCCACCCAGGUUCUUGGUGAAGAAGGACCGAGAGGCCUCAUGACCCAUCUUAGGCUCAAGAACGUGGUCUCGGGCGAGGAAGAGACGGUCGAUGCUAACGGCCUGUUCUAUGCCGUCGGACAUGACCCCGCAACGGCUCUUGUCAAGAGUCAGGUCGACCUGGAUACCGAGGGCUAUAUCGUCACACAGCCUGGCACUAGCUACACUUCUAUUCCUGGUGUUUUCGCCGCCGGUGAUGUUCAAGACAAGCGAUACCGACAAGCCAUCACUAGCGCUGGUUCUGGCUGUAUCGCCGCCCUUGAAGCCGAAAAGUUCCUCGCGGAAGAAGAAUCCACUGAAGACGUUCCUGCUGCAGCUCCAGAAGCUGGACAGUCGAAGAUUGAGCCUGCAGCUGCCGAGCAAAACGCCCAACAAGCUAAAGAGACGAAGGCUGCGAACCCGGCUGUGGCAGAAUAUAGACAAAACCCGCUUCUUUAA